GCGUGCGACGACCUGGUCAAGCGCGCCCACGAGGACGAGGCCGUCUUCGUGCGCCGCAGUUGCGACGACGUCUACGUCCACAGCCUGAGCUUCAUGACGAUCACCGACGUCGUCGCGAGCAUGGGCGACGAAGUAUUCAAGAAGGAUUUCAUCGAGGGGAAGAUGCAGAGAAAGAAGCAGGGUAAGAGGCCGUUCUUCCCCGAUGAGGUUUGCAAGCGCGAGGUCUUCUCCAUGAAAGUGAAGCGGAAGGCCCCCAUCAUGUCGAGGUCAGAGCUGCACAAAUAUUGCGGCCUCAAGCCCACCAAGAAGAACGCGAAUUCGAUCCCCUCGAUGAUGUUGCACUCGGAGGACAGCCUAGACGUCGAGGAGGCAUGGCUCUUCAUGUGGACGAUCGAGUGGUCCUUCCUGCGCGCGCUGAGCAUCAGCAUGGGCGGCACGCGGACGCUCGAAUGGAGCAUGGGCGAGCAGACUCACUCGAGUGGCCCGUCAACCUUGCUCGCGAACCUCAAGACCCACGAGGGCGCCGGCCUGGCCCUCGCGGAGGAGAUGGCCAACUCGACGGGGAUGCGGCGUCUCCGCGGCGGGGGGUUGCCGUCGGGCGGGGUGCCCUCCAUGUCGCCGCCGAUGACCAUGUCAGGAGCGUGCUCGGUCCUCUCUGGCGGCAUCGAGUCCACGCCAGCGGGAAGGGCGGGAGAUGGCGAGACUGACUCUCCGCACACGCCCAUGCUCUACAGCAAGGGCACCUUGUCGGCGACGACGAUCAACGUCAUGGCGGAGCGACGUGCUGCGAGGAGCGCUGUGAGCGGGGUGCCAUCCGCCCUGUCGGCCAUCGGCCGACUCCAGGCAGCGGCGGUGAACACCUGCAGCGUCGAUGCUGACGAUUCGGCGAGCCAGGCCCCCAAUGCAGGGGGCCCCGCUGUGGGCAAGGGGGACCAGUGGAUUGCGAAGCUCCCGUUGUCGAAGGUGCUCACUGCUGGGAAGUUGGGCGUCCAAGCGCACCACGCCGCUGGAGAGUUGAAAAGGCUGAAGGACAAGGAUAAGGACCAGUGGAACAGACUCACCCUGCACAUGACGAAGUACGAGCUCGCGAACAAGCUUCACGAGACCAACAUCUUCAGCGCCUCGGCUGGCGAUGUCAAGGACGCCUUCGAGCGCCUGCGCCAGUCCAUCGAUAUCCCGCCCGUCGUCCAGAAGAGCAUGUGCAAGAAGAUGUUCCAGGAACGCGUGACAGUCGAGCUCCAGUCCGUGACCGACGUCACCUUCUUCUUUGAGAUGGUGUGGCCAUGGCCCACAUCCUCUCAGGAAGCGGGCCUCACCUUCACUGCGGAUUCGCCGAAGCUCCACUUCGUUGACCUCGAGAUGGCCGAGAAGAUCCGCAUGUUCAACCAGAGUUUCAUCAGCGGCGUGUACACUGCACUGAUCGGGGGAGGCCACAAGAAUAAUGAUAUGCUCGUGACGAUUUCUUCUCGGAUGGCUUCGCUGAUGGACGAUCUGCUGGCCGACACAGAGGAGUUCUGCGAGGGCGCGUCGCACUUCUUGGGCGCGCUGGGCUCCACGGUGGGCGGCGUCGCCAAGAUCUGCGACCCGACCAGCCCGUGGAAGGCGGACGGCAUCGACGCCUUCUACAGCGACAUCCUCUCCCUCGACCCCAACCGCGGGGACAUCUUCAGCGGGCUGGAGGGGGUGGCGAUCGCCAUCGGCGCGUGCGCCGAGUACAACAAGACGUGGGCGACCCUGAUGAAGGACAAAGUCAUGGUCAUGGAGCUCGCCCCCCAGGUUUCAGCAUCCAUGUCCGCCCUCUUGUCGGUGGCGCGCAGCCCCCUGGACUUCGACGGGGCGGUUGCUGCGGCCACCGCGGCGUUGAGCACCAUCCCGAAAUUCGCGUGCUCCCUGGGCGGCGAGCUCGCGACCCCCGUCGUCAAGGAGGUGACGGCCGUGCUGAAAGAUUUGUCGGCCAGCGUCGCCUCAGCCGCGUCGACGGGGUCAUUGGCGCAGACGCAGCAGAGCACAUUCAUCCAGCUGUUGGGCAAGGCAAGGGCUCAGUUGACCACGCUGAUCAACGACAUAUUUGCUGACACGGCGACCGCGGUCAACCUUCGCGACGACUUGCGCCUCAUCAUGGGCAAGAUGACAAAGGGCGACUUGGAUUCGACGAUGACUGCGAAGCUCGGCGAGUGCGCCUGCGUCCUCAUCAAGAAGAUCUUGACGGUGCCCGAGGGGAGUAAGGAAAUGGCGGACGCCGAGAUGCAGGCAGCGCACCACUUGCACGACUUCCUGCCGAACACGGCCACGAAGGGACAGCAGCGGGGCUUGGAGGCAUCGAGCGCAUGUCGGUCGCUAAGGCCGACCACGGAGGCAAUCGUCCAGAAGUUCUUCGACGAUGAGAAGAAGCUCAUCGCGGAGCAGAAGCUGGACGCCUACAUCAAGGACGAGGCCGACUCGGACAUCAGCUUGCACGAGCACAUGAAGGCGCAGAUCCACCAGUACGUGGAGGACGCGAGGCGCGUGGUGAAGACGGUGGGCCAGCACGCCGUCGACGUGGCAUCGGCCGAGACCCAGACGACAGCGGCGAAGAUCGAGCCCUACAUGCACGGCCUCCCCGACGGCGCGGACUGGUUGAGCGCUGGUCCAGCCAACCUCCACGUGUGGAAAAGCUUGGCGGUCCACGCCGACAGUACGAUCUUGUCCACGGAGAUGAGCAAGACCACCGGCCCCUUGAAGAAGAAUGUGGACGCUGCCGAGAAGGCGGCUUCCGAGGGUGAGAAAUACGGAUUGCGCAUCGAGGGGGAUCAGAACUACCAGAAGGUGCCAGAGAUCAUCACCAACGCGUGGGUGACUCUUGUGACAGGCAGUUUGUUCAUGGCUUUUAAGAAAGCGACUGACAAGCAGUUGCUGAGGGCUACGAUCGUAAAGACGACGAGCGCCCUCAAGGAGCGUGGGACUUCGCAGGGCCGUUUGCAUCCAACCCUGUUGGCGCGGGUGCAGCUGGCCAUGCAAUUCAAAAUUAAUGUGUAG